UUUUUUUUAAAAGUUCUGAACAAUUAAUAGAAGCUCAUGCUGAUGUUAUGUCGUAGUCAUGAUAGAAUUGGAUAUUCUAUGGACUUGUUAUUCCGUUUGUAGCUUAGCACAAGAACUUGUUCUUUUAAUGUUCAAUUUUGAUCAUGUGCGUAUUUGAAAUUGGAAUUGCAGGCCAGAAUAUAAGGAAGCUGGUUAAAGAUGGUUUUAUCAUCAGGAAGCCAACCAAAAUUCACUCUCAAUCACGUGCACGUCGCAUGAAGGAGGCAAGGAGAAAGGGACGUCACUCUGGAUAUGGUAAGCGCAAGGAUACAAGGGAGGCGAGGUUGCCCUCAAAGAUCUUGUGGAUGAGGAGGAUGCGUGUUCUGAGACGCUUGCUUCGUAAUAUAGGGAAUCAAAGAAGAUUGACAAGCACAUGUACCAUGACAUGUACAUGAAAGUCAAGGGUAAUGUGUUUAAGAACAAGAGAGUUCUCAUGGAGAGCAUCCACAAAUCUAAGGCUGAAAAGGCCCGAGAGAAGACAUUGGCU